AUUGGUUAAGAAAGUGAGUUCAGUUUCUUCUGGUUAACACAUUUUGCUGAAAAGAUUGCUUCUCCAUUCAAUGGAUGUAAGACAUAGAUCAGUGGAAGAUACAUAUAAAAGGAGAUUACAGAAGCUUAGAGUUGGAGAUGUUGAGAAGUCUUUUCAGAUCACUUUUCAACAAAGGAAUCUAAGAUACAAAAAUCAUAUCUUCAAAUUCAUCCUGCUUGUUGUUAUACUUGGGACAAUUCUAGGAAUUUUCACCUCCCCCACUGUUUAUGUACAAGAAAAUUUGUCACUAGCCGUCUCUCAGUUAUUGGGCACAUCAGAUUCAAGGUACAUUUCACAUUUGGAAAUCAACUGGGAUGAUGUUUCACAAGUUCUGGAACAAUUGAUUGAAAAGGAUGGAGUAAAUGGAAUUGGCCUCCUCAAUUUCAACAACACUGAAAUCAAUGGUUGGAAGCAGCUGAUCCUUUCUGCCAAUCACACUGUCCUUCACUUAGAUUACGCUGAUAAAGAUAUAACCUGGAGUACCUUGUAUCCAGAAUGGAUUGAUGAAGAACAAGAGACUGAACUCCCAAGCUGCCCUUCACUACCGAAAAUCGACGUGCCAGAAAACCGGCUCGAUCUUGUCGCAGUUAAGCUCCCAUGCUUAAACAACAAGAAUUGGAUGAGGGAUGUUCCAAGGCUGCAUUUGCAGUUGGCUGCCGCCGGAUUAGUAACAUCAGCAAAAGGGCUGUUUCCUAUGCACUUGUUGUUCAUCACCAAGUGUUUUCCGGUCCCGAAUUUGUUUCCAUGUAAAGAACGUGUCGUGCGUCAAGGCAAUGUUUGGUUGUACAAACCAAACCUCAAAUUCAUAACAGAGAGAUCUCAGCUCCCCAUUGGAUCCUGUGAACUUGCACUUCCACUUGGAGUCAGAGAACAUGAGUUAACAGUGAGAAGGCAACAACGUGAAGCAUAUGCUACAAUCUUAGUUGGAGCGCAACUUUUUGUUUGCGGGGCGAUAGCGACGGCGCAAAGCAUUCGGAUGGCCGGAUCCACCAAAGAUCUCAUAGCUUUAGUUGAUGACAACAUCACUGAUCAUCACAGGAUCGGGCUUGAGAUGGCAGGAUGGAAAGUCAGGACAAUAAAAGGAAUCAGGAAUCCAAAAGCUAAAGAAGAUGCCUACAAUGGAUGGAAUUACAGCAAGUUCAGGUUAUGGCAAUUGACAGACUAUGAUAAGAUCAUUUACAUUGAUUCCGACUUGCUUGUCCUUCGAAGCAUCGAUUCGCUUUUCACGAUGCCUGAAAUCACUGCCAGAGGAAACCAUGCCACAUUAUUCAAUGCUGGUUUGAUGGUGAUAGAACCAUCAAACUGUACAUUUCAGUUCUUGAUGGACAAUAUUUACGAGUUCGAUUCCUACAGCGGAGGCGAUCAAGGAUUCGUGAAUGAGAUAUUCACAUGGUGGCAUCGGAUGCCGGUACGAAUGAACUUCUUGAAGAACUUCUUACCAUACGAAAGCGAGGAGAUCAACCGAAGGAAAACCGAGCUCAUUGCAGAGGAACCGCCCGCGAUUUUCGUGAUUCACUACUUGGGAUACUACAAGCCCUGGAUGUGUCCCCGGGAUUUUGACUGCAACUGGAAUGUUGGGAAAAUGCAUGAGUUUGCAAGCGACGAGGCGCAUCGAAUCUGGUGGCGAAUCCACGACAAAAUGCCGGCACAAUUGCAAGAAUUCUGCAUGUUGGAAGACAAGUUUCGAGCACAGCUAGAGUAUGACAGAAAAGAAGCAGCUAAAAGGAAGUUCGCAGACAGUCAUUGGAACAUCGUGAUUAAGGAUCCACGUUACACAAGAUGCAAUGUUGGUUCGUGUAAUAUUAAUUGGCGCAUUUUUUGGCCUUGGGGAGAAGAGGAAUGAGCAAUGUAAUAUGCUUGUUUUUUUGGUUUUUUUUUCUCUUUUUUGGGAUGGAGAAAUUAAGUUAUGCUAUUUCUUCAAUAGCAUGGUGGGU